AUGCAAGACUUGAGACUCAUUUGUGAGCUUGUCCAACCUCUGAAGUGGCCCUUUGUUUUGUCUCUGCAGCAUCCAGCCUUCACUCUGGAGGGAAAGGCCCCAGUCGAGUCCAGCAGGGGGGAUGGGGGAGGCGGGGAGGCUGGUUCCCUCAGCCCCGACCCUGCUACUCUGCCUCUGAGCCUCGGCCAGGCAGAGAGCCCUGGACCCUGGCAGAGCGAGAGCCUGCUGGCCGAGUCCUGGUCCACGAUGGGCGACGUGGACCGCGAAGACACAAAGAGCCUGGACAGUAGUGACGGGGCGGCUCUUACCGGAGAGGAGAACCACUCCUCCAACUCUGACAUGGUCCACCUGGAGCGAGAGGAGGCCGAGAUGCUGGAGGAGGCAGAGAAGGAGGAGAGAGCGAGGAGGACAGAGGAAGAGGAGGAAGAAGAUGAGGAGCUACAAACGAGUGUGUUGAGCGUUUUAGGUGGGGAGAGGGAGCUGAAUGAGCUCAGGGAGGAGGAGCAGGACCUCCAGGCCCCAGAAACUGAGGAGCUCCUGGUGUCAGCAGAGGAGCCCGACGUGGAGAGGGAGCCUGCAGAGUUCAGGCAGGUGGUUCCCCCGAUGGCCCUGCCUCCGCUGCCUAUCGUCAGGUUCGACCCGCCAUCCACGACGUCCACGCCUGUCCCUUCAACCACAACCUCGGAAGCUGAGGAGCUUUUUUCGACUCAGGGGCUCCACCCUCCAUCUAUCCUCGCGCCGAUGGCAGCAGAGCCUCCAACAGAGAGCCUCGAGCAGCUAAAAUUCUCACAGAUUCCCCUCACAGAGGAACAGUCAGUUAAAGCCUCUCAAGCAGCACCAGAAAAGCCGGAGCCCACAGCUCCACCAAAGACUAGCAAACCUCUGAGCUCCACCGAGCUGCUGUGUGGAGGCGCUGCUUUAGUAGCCAUUGUAGGAGUAGUAGCAUACGGUGCCAUGGCCUACUGCAGAAAGUAGAAAACCCCUUUCAACGCAGGUCUUUUGUUUUUAAAUCUAUUCCAGAUAAAUAUUCCACUUAACUCUCUGAAUUCUGGAUUUUACUCUCCGACACUCUUUGUAUUAUAGCUCCUAUUAGACACGUUAAUUAGAUUUUUUUUUUUUUUUUUUUCGGAUUGUGCUACCUCAGCUCACUGCAGAGCUCAUGGCCUUUGUUUUCUGUAUACAACUGAUCUCUGAGGAAACAGUAAAAAUAUAAACCUGGAAUGUAAAAUCAUGUGAGUUUAAAAUUUUAAAGAAUCCUGAAACUUGAAAUGUUUGCCUGAUGUUUCUUUGUGUGAGUGUCUCUCUUAUUACUUCACCAGAAAUGGACGGAGUAAGAUUCCAGUUCCUCUUCUUACCUUCAUGUUACUCUAGACUUUACCAAAGAACUGCGACUCAGAUGUUCAGCCAAUUGAAAUACUGGUACGUUCCACUUCAAGCAACUAUUAUCUGUGCCAUACAAAGGAAAUGACCAGCAGGAAGAGCCCCCAAAAACAAUUUUUAACUUUAUAUGUCAAAAUCAAAAUGUUUGAAGUGUUUUUUAAAAAAAGUUCAAAUAAGUCGCAUUCAAAGUACUUUUACCUCCAAUCUGCACCCAGCUGAAGUACUUUUAUUUACUGUAAACUCAUCUGAACUACUU